AUGCCAACAACAAGAAGCGCCACUGCAACAUCGGCGUCUUCGAGGGACGCUGCCGCCACGUCGCCGUCCUCAAGGGACGUUGCCAAUGUCCUCAAGAGACGCUGCCACGAUAGUGUCUGGCCCUUUGAAGAGGAACAUAGCAAUCGCGUAGCACCACCUGUCUCUCUCCGUUGGGACUAUGUCGUAGUCAAUAGGCUACCCAAGGGAUUGAGUUCCGUAGGCAUUAAGGAUAUUCUAGAUGCAAUGCAGUUUAGAUAA